AACCACCCCCUCCCAACCCCUCUCUCUCUUCUCUCUCUCUGACUCUCUCUCUCGCUUGAGUCUUGAAAAUCCGCUUUCGUAGCUCAUUCCGCUGCCUGUGGUUUUUGUUAACACCGAAAGAGCGAAACGAAAGGAAACAAAGAAAAUCGUAGCCCUCUCCUCUCUCUCUCUCUCCACCUGGCAGUAGUUUAGGCAUAUUCAUAUGCAAAAUCCAACCGACCCAUUUCAGGACCCUUCAUUAUCUAUUGAGGAGCGUUCAUUCAGUGCCUCUUUUAUAUAACGUUAGGGCUAUUAAAGAUUCACUGCCAUCUUCUCUCACUCCCCCCCUCUAAAUCUUGCGAUUUCAUACAAAUCUAGCGAGCCCAUUCUGUGUGGCUGGAGAAGGGUUUCAGUUUUGCUUCACUCCUGUUGAUCAUGGAGGGUGAAACAUCAUGGGUUAGCCACUGCCUCGAUGACAAUGGGGGAGACAACGGGAAUUUUAAUUCAUUCUUGGAGCUUAGUGAUGAAGACAAUAAAGAAAAUACAGAGGUUUCCCUUGAUUUAAUCCUGCCUGAUGACUUGUUGGAGCGAAUCUUGACCUAUCUCCCAGUACCAGGCAUUUUUAGAGCGGGCUCUGUAUGUAAAAGAUGGAAUGAGAUUGUUAAUUCAAGAAGGUUUUUAUGGAACUUCUCUCGCGUCUUAUCACAAAAACCUUGGUAUUUCAUGUUUACUAGCUCAGGUGAGCCAUUUGGAUAUGCCUAUGAUCCCCUCCUUAAAAAGUGGCAUGGCAUUGAACUCCCCUGUAUCGAAACAUCUAAUUGGUUCAUUGCUUCAUCUUGUGGGUUGGUUUCCUUUAUGGACAAUGACAGCCGGAGUGAGCUAUAUAUCUGUAACCCAAUUACCAAGCAAUCCAGGAGGCUUCAAGAGCCCCCGGGCUUGAAAUUUUCAGACUACAGUGCAUUGGCUGUAUCAGUGAACAGGACGUCAAACAAUUACUGUGUCUCAGUUGUGAAAUCCAAACAAGUCCCUGGGGAAUAUUUCCUGUGGGAUCUCUCAAUUCAUGUUUAUGACUCUCAGACUAGGAUUUGGGUCACUCACCUGACACAGGUUCUUCCUGGGUGGAGGGGUGGUGAUGAGAGUGUGAUCUGCGAUGGGGUUUUGUACUUCUUGAUUUACUCAACCGGAGGUGGAGCCCAAGAGAAUCGCCACGGCCUAAUCGCUUAUAACCUCUCAAACCGGUCAUCCCAGGAUGAAUUGCUUAAGAGUUUUAUUCCGGUACCUUGUGCUCUCACAUGCGGUCGUCUUAUGAACCUCAAAGAGAAACUGGUUUUGGUUGGGGGAAUUGGAAAACAAGAUCGGCCUGAUAUAAUAAAAGGGAUUGGCAUUUGGAUUCUUAAUGGGAAAGAGUGGGUAGAGAUUGCCCGAAUGCCCCAUAGGCACUUUCAAGGCUUUGGGGAGUUUGAUGAUGUUUUUGCUAGCAGUGGUACGGAUGACCUGGUUUACAUUCAGAGCUAUGGAGCUCCUACUCUUCUUGUUUUUGACAUGAACCAGAAGCAAUGGAAAUGGUCCCAGAAAUGCCCUGUUACAAAGAAGUUCCCGCUUCAGCUCUUUACUGGUUUUUGCUUUGAACCCAGGCUUGAAACUGUUCCAUAGUUUUAAUUUUUAUUUGUCGUUUGGGUUUUAUGUGGUUCUGAAAUUUUUUGGCGUAAACUCCAUCUUUUUUUGUUAUUUACUUUGGCCUUUUGUGUUAUUUACCAUGACAGAAAAUGUAUGAGCCGAGAAGGCUGCUUCGAGAAAAUGGAAAUAUUAUUCUUUGCAUUCAGAAA